AUGUCAUAUACACAUGUGUUUGCUCCUUUAAAUUCCCCUUCAUCUUUGAACACUGGUAGUUGUUCCGUUUUCCAGGAGGAAAAUAAAGUCUUACAGGUGGAAACCGAGAAGCUGCGAUCAGUGGUCUCACAGCCGAAGGAAGAUCAUAGCGGCUGCAAGGAGAAGCUUGCCGAGCUGGAACACAAACUACAGCUCCUGGUGGAGUACCCCGAUUUAAACCCGUCACCCGAGAAACCGGAAAAACUUCGUAAGUCCCCUGGCUUUGUGUUUGUUGUGUGGAAGGAAUGUAAGUUUCUAUCUGAGUGCCGCCAAACAGUGCGUCCACACAAGUAUAGAUAA